AUGGCUCGUCUUGCCUAUUUUCGUGUCUUGUCCGGAUCCUCAGCAACAUGGCUGCACUCAAGCAUCCGGCCGGUCCCUUCCCGCCCCAUUAGCACCGUCUCCCGCCAAAAUCGCCUGGCUGCAGCCUACUACAGGGGAGGCUCCUCAAGGGCUGUUUUCUUCAACAGUCAAGACCUCCCCCCGGAAAGUUACCGCGAUGACAUGUUCCGUGGCGUCAUCGGCAGCCCUGACCCGUAUGGACGGCAGCUUGACGGUAUGGGCGGAGGCAUCUCCAGUCUUUCCAAAGUUUGCAUCGUCGGACCCUCUACGCAUGCCGAUGCCGACGUGGACUACACUUUUGUGUCCAUAGGAAUCAAGAAUGAAAAGGUCGAUUACUCAAGCAACUGUGGCAACAUGUCGGCCGCCGUGGGACCUUAUGCAGUAGACUCUGGUCUUAUCCCUGUGCCCAGCGAUUCGCAAGACCGGUUCACUGUCCGCAUCCACAAUACAAACACUGGCAAGAUCAUCAAUGCCUCAUUCCCAAUCGCGGACGGCGAGGCUGUGGCUUCGGGCGAUUUCACCAUCGAUGGAGUCUCGGGCGCUGCAGCUCCUGUUCAGCUCGAUUUUGUCAGGCCAGCUGGGUCACGGACAGGAAAGUUGCUUCCUACUGGCAACAUUUUGGAUAUCUUGGAUGGCUAUCAUGCAACGUGCAUCGAUGUUGGCAAUCCUUGUGUCUUUGUAUAUGCGUCCGAGCUGGGCGUCGAUGGUGAACUAUCUUCAGAUGAUAUCGAAGCAAACACGGCACUGAAAGAAAAGAUCGAGUCAAUCCGUCGCCAGGCUGCCAUCGCCAUGGGUCUCGCUGAGAAUGUCGACAGCGUCCCCGGGAGUGUCCCUAAGAUAUCCAUCGCCUCGCCGAGGAAGGGUCCGGCAGGCGACGAGAUCAAUAUCCGCGCCAUGUCAGUUGGCCAGGCACACAAGGCCGUUCCAGUGACUGUAGCUCUAGCCACAGCGGCGGCGGCCAAGAUACCGGGCAGCACAAUCGCUAAUUGCCUCAAGGGUAGCCAAAGUGGACAGGGCCUAGAUAUUUGUCAUUCAAGCGGCCGGCUGCGAGUUGACGCUUCUUUUGACGAUGCAGGAGAGCUGGUCAAGGCUACAGUGUUCCGUACAGCCAGGCGCUUGAUGGAUGGGACCAUUUACUGGAAAUAG